CUUUUCUGUAUUGUGUUGGGCAUAAUACAUUAGUUGUGUGGAUCGACAUUCUGUUGUGGUUGGAUUUGGAAGGUUAUCUCUUUGAUUCCAUGCACUCUUGAAAUUUGACGGUGGCAGUGAGCUGAAGAACGGUUAGGGUAAAAAUGAAAUUGGCCCCGCGAGAAAUUGAGAAGUUGAUGCUCCACAAUGCAGGACAUCUCGCACAGAAACGUCUUGCUCGCGGCCUACCCCUCAAUUACACUGAAGCUGUUGCGCUUAUUGCCACUCAGGUUUUGGAGUUUGUUCGUGAUGGAAAUAGGAGUGUGGCAGAGUUGAUGGACCUUGGAAGACAAUUGCUUGGCAGGAGACAAGUUCUCCCCCCUGUUCGGCACCUUUUGCACACUGUUCAGGUUGAGGGGACCUUUCCUGAUGGGACCAAAUUAAUCACCAUCCAUGAUCCCAUCGUUCACGAGGAUGGGGACUUGGAGUUAGCACUACAUGGUUCAUUUCUUCCAGUUCCACCUAUUGAGAAGUUUCCUACAGUAGAAGAUGGCAGAAUUCCUGGUGAACAAUAUUUUGGGGGUGGGCUUAUAACAUUGAAUCAAGGAAGUAGAACAAUCAAUCUUAAGGUUACUAACAUGGGUGAUAGACCAAUUCAGGUAGGCAGCCACUAUCACUUCAUCGAGGUGAACCCGUACCUGAUGUUUGAUCGACAGAAAGCAUAUGGCAUGAGGUUAAAUGUACCUGCAGGGACAGCAAUAAGAUUUGAGCCAGGGGACUCAAAAAGUGUUACUCUAGUUAGUAUUGGAGGGAAGCGAAUAAUCAGGGGUGGCAAUGGGAUUGCUGAUGGUCCAGUCGAUUAUGCCAGAAUUGCAGAUGUGAUGGAAGCUGUUCAUGAAAGAGGCUUUCGCCACCUGGAAGAACGAAAUGCAAGCGAAGGUAUCAGUGGACAAGGACCUGCUUUCUCCUGUACAAUGUCUCAUGAGGAAUAUGCUAAUAUCUAUGGACCCACAAUUGGAGACAGAGUCCGGCUAGGAGAUACAGACUUAAUUGCUGAAAUUGAAAGUGAUUUUUGUCGUUACGGUGAAGAAUGUGUCUUUGGAGGCGGAAAAGUGAUAAGAGACGGAAUGGGACAAGCCUGUGGAUAUCCGGCAGCUGACUGCUUGGAUACUGUUAUGACAAAUGCUGUAGUUAUUGAUUAUUCGGGAAUUUUUAAGGCUGAUAUUGGAAUUAAAGAUGGUUUAAUAGUUUCCCUUGGUAAAGCGGGAAAUCCAGAUAUCAUGGAUGAUGUAUCAAAUGACAUGAUAAUUGGGGUAAAUACAGAGGUUAUUGCGGGUGAAGGGAUGAUUGUUACUCCAGGAGCAGUAGACUGUCAUGUUCACUUCAUCUGCCCUCAAUUGGCAUACGAAGCCAUAUCUAGUGGUAUAACUACAAUUGUAGGAGGUGGGACAGGACCUGCAGAUGGAACUCGUGCCACUACGUGUACACCAGCGCCAUUUCAUAUGAAAUUAAUGUUGCAUUCGACAGAUGACCUACCUUUAAACUUGGGUUUCACUGGGAAGGGGAAUAGUGCAAAGGAUAAUGGACUCCAUGAAAUAGUUGAGGCUGGAGCGAUGGGGCUAAAGCUUCAUGAGGAUUGGGGAACCACUCCUGCUGCAAUAGACACUUGUCUGGAUGUUGCUGACCAAUAUGACAUUCAGGUUAAUAUACACACUGAUACCUUGAAUGAAUCUGGUUUUGUGGAGCACACCAUUUCUGCUUUCAAAGAUAGAACCAUUCAUGCCUACCACAGUGAAGGUGCUGGUGGUGGCCAUGCUCCAGAUAUUAUUAAAGUUUGUGGUGUAAAAAAUGUCAUCCCAUCAUCAACUAAUCCUACACGUCCCUUCACCGUAAAUACUGUGGAUGAGCAUCUUGACAUGCUGAUGGUCUGCCAUCACCUUGAUAAGGACAUUAAGGAGGACGUAGCUUUUGCUGAGUCACGGAUUCGGGCUGAAACCAUUGCCGCAGAAGACAUUUUGCAUGAUAUGGGAGCAAUUAGCAUCAUAUCAUCUGAUUCACAGGCCAUGGGACGGAUCGGAGAGGUUAUAAGCAGAACAUGGCAGACUGCCCACAAAAUGAAAUUAUUUAGAGGCCCACUGGAGAAAACCCAAUUAGACAAUGACAAUCUGAGGAUCAGAAGAUACAUUGCAAAAUAUACUAUAAAUCCUGCAAUUGCUAAUGGUUUCUCCAAGCAUGUUGGGUCAGUUGAGGUUGGGAAGUUGGCUGAUCUGGUCAUAUGGAAACCAUCUUUCUUUGGGUCAAAACCAGAAAUGGUAAUCAAAGGUGGCACAAUAGCAUGGGCAAACAUGGGGGAUCCUAAUGCAAGCAUCCCAACACCGGAACCGGUGAUAAUGAGACCUAUGUUUGGAGCACUUGGAAAGGCUGGGAAUUUCAAUUCAAUUGCAUUUGUCAGCAAAGUGGCUUUGGAAAGCGGGAUAAAAGAGCGGUAUGGGCUGAAGAAGAGGGUGGAGGCCGUAGGGGACGUGAGGAGGCUCACAAAAUUGGACAUGAAACUCAACGAUGCACUUCCAAACAUAUCGGUGGACCCUGAGACAUACAGUGUGAUUGCAGAUGAUGUUGUGCUCUCAUGCCAAGCUGCUACUUCUGUCCCUCUUUCUCGGAAUUACUUCCUCUUCUAGCUAAUGUGAUCUUCGGCGAAAUGAAGUCCAUACUUCUGCAAUAAUGCUACAGCAGAUGAGAAUCAAGGAUGCAUUGAAGCAACCAGUCAAGGAAUAACAGAAGGGCAGCAGGAUGUCAUAAGUAUGGAAGAAAGCGGCCCUCCCUUUGUAGACUUAAUUAAUUGAUUUUGUUAUAUGUACUCUAAUACUGUGUUGAAAUAAGGUCCAGCUAUUGAAAGCCAAAUGCAUGGAAUAUUUGUAUGUUGAACUCUACUGUCAUUUAAUUAUUUAAACAUGCCCCUUAUAUAGUUAGAUGACAACUUGGAGCCAUAGUUACUGUAAAUGCAAAAUUGAAUAGAAAACCAGAACUUCCCGACCUCUAGCAUUUCUAAUAGCUAAGAGUUUGCUGGCGAAGGGCUUAGCUAAAUCUUGAACUUACUACAAUUAUAGUUUAACCUCAUAAGAAUAUAAGAUGCACAAGACAUUAUUCAUAUUGAUCCCCAAAAAUGAACUUCCUAGAAUACUAGGGGUAUACAACAUUAGAAAUUUUGCAAUCUUUCAU